CGCCGGACUCGGGUUUCAGUGUUAUUACCGGCCUUGGUUGUCCCAUUCAUUAUUCUUCUUCUUCUUCUUCGUGUCACUGUCAACAGUCUCUGAGACAAGGACUGACAAGUUUGGAGUUGAACACAGUGAUCUGCGUUAUCUAUGGAGUAGGCAGACCGGAACUCAAGUGACAUUGCGAAUUCGGAAACAGUGACACCGGGACACGAAGGUCAACCAGCUUUCCCUACGGAUUCGAAUAAAUCUUUGGAGACACUGGCAGACGAUCAAUCAUGCCUCGUCCACAAUUCCUUCACCGAUCGCUCUUGAGCCGGUCAACGAGGAUCUUGACUAGUCCACCUUCGUCGAUCAGAACGAUGAUCAGCUUGGCUGCACCCUUGACCGCUCGGUCUCCGGAUUGCUUUAGCGGCAGGUCGUCAUCAUGGUCAAAUGCAAACGUGGGCAGGAGUUCCUCGAAGAGACCUUCUACAUCGUUAUCUGCUAGACCUUCUUCAUCUGUACUGGGCCAGCAGGGAGGGAAAAGGGGAUACGCCAACGUCCUUAGUGAUACUCAGACCAGUCAAUUACAAGGGAACGGACGAUAUGUCAGAAUCGUAGAGGUCUCUCCAAGAGAUGGUCUUCAAAAUCUUCCACCGCCUGCCGUUCCCACUGAAGUCAAACGAGAGCUCGUGGAACGACUCCUGGCCGCUGGGGUGAGGAACGUUGAAGUUGGCAGUUUUGUGCGAGGCGAUUGGGUUCCUCAAAUGGCUGAUACAUCCCGACUCUUACCCCUCUUACCGCCCACAUCCUCCGUUCCUCCUCCACCGUCCCGUCCAACGAGGUCCACCUCGCCAUUCUCAGGUGUUCCAACCACAUCAUCCCCUGCUCCUCUCCCCGAAGACGCGAGUGACGUGCACUAUCCAGUACUCGUCCCCAACAUGAGAGGUCUUGAUAACUUGCUCAAGCUGGAACAAGAGUGGAAAGGGAAAGAAGGGCGAGAGCGGUUGACAGAUGAGAUUGCAGUCUUUGUUUCCGCCACUGAGGGUUUCUCACAAGCGAACAACCACGCACCGAUAGCCAAAGUUCUGGGGUCACUUCCCGACGUCAUUUCUAAAGCCCAAUCCCACGGAUACAGGACCCGAGGAUACGUCUCAUGUGUCAUGACUUGUCCGUACUCUGGUCCGACCGCGCCGGGCCAAGUCGUCGAUGUCGUCGAGAAGCUGCUCGAGAUGGGCUGUUACGAAGUAUCAUUAGGGGACACGACCGGGGAAGGGAAUCCGGAGGCUUGGAGACUAUUGUGGACUGAACUCCUCAAUCGGGGGGUAGAUAUGAGCAAAGUGGCGUGCCACGAUACCUUUUCCAUGGCCUUGUCAUCCAUUAUCUCGCUCCUACCCCUCGGCGUGCCGACGAUUGAUUCGUCCCUGGCUGGACUUGGAGGAUGCCCUUAUUCUCCCGGAGCCACGGGCAACGUACCCACAGAAGACGUGGUCUACGCCCUUCACAAACUUGGAUACGAGACUGGUAUCGAUCUCGACAAGUUAGUGGAAGCAGGUAAUUGGCUUUCAGAGACACUCGGCGUGAGGAACGAGAGUCGUGUCGGUCGAGCCAUUUGGGCGAGAAAAAAGGCAGCAGAGGAAAAGGCGGCUAAAGCUGCUGCUACUUCUGCUUCAUCAUAAUUGAUGCCUGAGCAUGCA